GAAAUCGAGAGCACCUCCGGAGCCUGCUGAGUUGAACACGCAUCAGCCUACAAUGCGUGGGCCACACUAGAUUCUUGUUCUUCUAAUCUCUUUUCUCUUAGUUGAGUAUCUUUCUCUGUGUCUCUCAGGGGACCAAUUCCGCUCUUUUGCUUAUUUGUUCUGAAGACGCAGCCUCCCCGGACAGCGGAAGCAUGGCGCGUCUCGGCCGCGUAGGGUUCCUCGUCCUGGCGGUGGUUUUCCAUCUCCUAUAUCUCUACUCAAUCUUUGACAUAUACUUUGUCAGUCCGAUUGUGAGUGGCAUGCGAUCAUUCUCCGUCGAACGGGAACCAGGAAAAGAAGCGCCGGCGAAACGUCUCGUUCUUUUUGUUGGCGACGGGUUGCGCGCGGACAAAGCCUUCCAAGCAUUUCCGGAUCCCUCGCCGCCGGAGGGCGAGCAGGAUGAAAACAGCGAGCCUAUUCGCCUGGCGCCUUUUGUACGAUCUCGAGUUUUAUCCUACGGUACUUUUGGCGUGUCCCAUACCCGAGUUCCCACCGAAUCGAGACCCGGUCAUGUUGCGCUCAUCGCGGGGCUUUAUGAAGACGUAUCGGCGGUCACAACAGGCUGGAAGCUGAAUCCUGUGAACUUCGACAGCGUGUUCAACCGGAGCAGGCAUACUUGGAGUUGGGGGAGCCCAGAUAUUCUACCCAUGUUCAAGGAGGGAGCUGUUCCUGGCAGGGUGGAUGCGGAAAUGUAUAGCGAGGAAGCAGAGGACUUUUCAAUGGACGCGACGUAUCUUGAUACAUGGGUGUUUGACAAGGUCAAGGAACUAUUUGCAUCUGCGAAGACGGACCCGGAGUUGAACGCCAAACUAAGGGAGGAUAAGCUGGUGUUUUUCCUGCAUCUACUCGGACUGGACACAACCGGACACUCCUACCGACCCUACUCCAAGGAGUAUCUGCAUAAUAUCAAAGUGGUCGACAGAGGCGUCAAGGAGAUCACGGAGUUGAUCGAGGACUUCUAUGAUGACGAUAAGACGGCUUUCAUUUUUACAGCAGACCAUGGAAUGAGCGAUUGGGGUAGCCACGGUGAUGGCCAUCCGGACAACACACGUACGCCCUUGGUUGCUUGGGGUGCUGGUGUCGCAAGGCCCAAACAUACGGAAGCUGGUAAAAUAACAGGUCACGAAGACGGGUUUUCAUCCGACUGGGGAUUUGACGACAUCCGAAGGCACGAUGUAGCGCAGGCCGACGUUGCUGCCCUCAUGGCAUAUUUGCUAGGAUUGGAUUUUCCAGUGAACUCUGUUGGCCAGUUGCCCCUGGAAUAUAUCGAUGCAGACCCGAAGGAGAGUGCAUUAGCGGCACUUGCGAAUGCCCAGGAAGUGCUGGAGAUGUAUCGCGUCAAAGAGGAGCAGAAGCGUGCGACUUUGUUGCACUACAAGCCCUAUGGACCAUUAAGAGAUAGCCAGCACUCGAUCGAACAUCGCAUCGAAGUGAUCAGGAACUUGAUCGCCAACGGAGAGUUUGAGGAAUCGGUCACGUUAUCCCAAAAUUUGUUGACGACUGCGCUAGAAGGUCUUCGUUACCUACAAACGUACGACUGGCUUUUUCUCAGGACUAUCAUCACUCUUGGAUACUUGGGCUGGAUUGCUUAUGCUAUCACCACCGUCAUCGAUCUUCAUGUUCUGCACGGCACCUCUGAUGCCCACCGUACGACCUCUAGCACUAUUCUCUUCUCUUCGGUCCUGGUUGGCCUAUUCUCAGUAUUACUGUACCAGCGUUCUUCGUGGAGGUAUUACGCAUACGCUAUCUGCCCUAUCUUCUUCUGGGAAGAAGUAUUUGCGAGAAGGAAGGCUUUAAUAGCAGGACGCCAGAUUCUUCUGGGCCAUAUUCAUAAUUUAGGAGGUUACGCGUUAUUUGGUCUGCAGGCAUUUGCUUUCAUUGGCGUUUUAGAGGCCCUUGUCCAAUCGUACUUCCAUAGAGAAAUAUACACUGUAUGUUUCCUACUAGCAGCUUUCUGGCCUUUGGCCUACGGUUCAGAGUUCCUCACCACGAACAAACUGCUUUCUGCGACUUGGGCUAUUGGAUGUAGUUUGAUGAGCAUCUUCACUUUGCUACCAGCUGUGAAAGUGGAGAGUAUCACAAUGAUAACUGUUGGUGGCCUUCUCAUGUUCUUCACUGGAGCAUUAUACCUGGUUUUCGAGGAAACAAUUGCUCGGCAUUCAGGAGCAAGUGUCGUAAGCAGCAUUGGCUCGAGAAUUAUCAUGGGAGUCCAGCUCGGUAUGGUGUUACUUGCCAUUAUCGUAACUAGGUCGAGCGCCGCAUCUCUACAAGCAAAGAGAGGUCUUCCAUUUGGCAACCAAGUGGUUGGCUGGUUCGUUCUCGUCACGUCGCUCUUACUUCCCUUCGUCCAUCGCUUCUAUCCGAACAGCCACUAUCUUCAUCGCCUUAUAAUAAUAUUCCUUACAUUUUCUCCCACCUUUAUCAUCCUCACCAUCUCCUACGAAGGGCUUUUCUACUUCGUCUUCUGCAUGACCUUGGUCACCUGGGUACGACUAGAGCAUGCUAUUUAUGUACGCUCCAAGACCUCAUCUGGGAAAACAGUCACUAUCGAUAGUGCUCAAAAACAUGUUGACCCUGUUGUUGAUGCCGUCUCGAAGCCCGAAGACAGAGUUGGUUCUGGGGCUGAGUCUGGACAAGAUUCAACCUCGACCGCAACCGUGGGAUCACAUACCUACAGAUACCGCGCUCUCACUAUCUCUGAUGCGCGUGUGGCGCUGUUCUUCUUUUUCCUGCUACAGUCUGCAUUCUUCAGCACAGGAAAUAUCGCAUCAGUAUCCUCGUUCUCGAUGGAGAGCGUGACCCGACUUAUUCCGGUCUUUAGCCCAUUCAGUCAGGGAGCGCUGCUGAUUCUGAAACUAUUGAUACCCUUCGCCAUUAUCAGUGCCAACCUUGGUAUCUUAAACCGCAGACUCGAAGUAACGCCUAGCGCGCUCUUCAUGGUUGUGAUGUCCAUAUCGGAUGUCAUGACAUUAAACUUCUUUUACAUGGUCCGCGAUGAGGGUUCGUGGCUUGACAUCGGGACGACGAUCAGUCAUUUCUGCAUUGCAAGCCUUCUGUGUACAUUUGUCGCAGGGCUGGAGUUCUUGAGCGAAGCUUUUGUUAGCGGCGUUGAAGUUGGACCAGUUGCUCCGCAUAGCCUUACCAAGGCCGGGACAGCUGUGACAAACACCCUCAGAGUUGAUGCUGAGCCUAACGGCUCCAUGGAUGGCAAUAUCAAAGCCGCGAAUGGGACCGCCAUCACGGAGGCAAACGGCGCUAAUUCUUCAUAGUUGGAAUAUCUAUUCGAAAUGUAACCCUCUUGUGCAUUUUAUGCAAUGCAUCUAUAUAUCUAAAGUCGGGGAUCCAUGAAUCUUUUUGCUGGUCUUUGAGACAUCUAGAUAUCCGAUAUCACGUAUACGCGCAUACUUUACAAGAGAAACCUUGUCAGAGUAUAUGAUACAUACCAGAGAUAGCUAAUAAUAUCAAUUUAAGUGUUCUGUGAAUAUUUAGAGCAGCGAAGCAAAAAUGGAAGCUGAAGGAGCUGUCUAAAAUAUUGCUCCCACCCAUACC